AAAAAAAUCCAAACACGUGGAGAACAUAACCUAUUAAAAAUGUUUUCAGUCUCGAAAAUGUGAAACUUGGUGAAAAGUAAAUUAAAAGUUUUCCCAUAGAGAAAAUAUAAAUUUCUUUUGUAAAUUAUUACGUGAAAUCCCUUGACAUGUUUUUCUACCAUUAGCUUUAGAAAAUCGAUAAAGACACGAGAGGAAAAAGCGCAAGCGUAAACGCCUGCUGUCGACGCAAGACUUUUAGAAAAUAUACACAAUUUCCUCAGCUGUCAUUUGCAAAACAAGCUCUUUUUGUUCUAAAAAAAAGAAAACAAAUUCAAAGUGUCAAUUGUUAUUAACGUAGUCUUCCGUAAUUAUUUUGUUUUCCUUCUAAUUUUUAAAUAAUCAAACAAAAAGAAACAACAAUUUCCGAAACAAAUGGCUUUUGACAAAAGGACGAAAAUUUAUCUUGGCUUUGAGGAUGAAUAUGUUACUGACAAAAAUCGAAGUCUAGUCAAUUUUAUGACUGAUAAAAUCGGUGGGAAACCAGAUUGGCACAAUGACAAAACGAUAACCUCCCCCCAGUGUCGAUUGUGUGGAUUACAUCAAAUUUUGGCAUUGCAAAUUUACGCCCCAUUAGAAAAUUCCAAAUAUCAUCGAACACUUUAUAUUUUCGCUUGUACAAAUCCAAAUUGUUGGAAUCAUAAUGAGAGUUGGACAUGUUUAAAAGUACAAUCACUCGAUGAAUCGACAAAUUCCGAAUCAAUGGAAUGUGGAAGUUUAGCAAUUCCACCAACAACGAGUUGGUUGCCCGACGAGGACGAUUGGGGUGAUACUUGGAAUGAUAAUGGACCCGAGGAAAAUGGAAAUAAUAUGCUUCAAAAUGAUCCCAAUAAAUUUAAAUUCACAAGACAAAAUUCAAGUUUCGAGGACGAUUUAAAUGUUGAUUUUUCGGAUCUCAGAGUCGACGAUCCAAACGCAAACAGUCCAACAAGUGUCGAAUCGCCAGUGGGGGGUGGAGCAGUUGGAAAAGUUGAUUCUCUUCAUGCAACUGCGGAAAUUGAAGGCGAAGAAAGUGAAGUUGUUUGCAUUGAUACACCAACACAACCGCAAUGCGACCUAAUUAGUUUAUUACAGGAAGUCACACCAUUACCAAUUCAUCACAGCGAUUCUAGGAAUUUAUUAAGUUUCGUCGAAAUUUUCAUCUCAAUGAUUGAAGAAUAUUCCCAUACGGAAGUGCCUCAACACGUACGCGAUCUCUUUCUCGAGUAUCAACAAAAUGAUCCCGAUUCAUUAAUGUCCGAAUCAUCAUCGGCCGAUUCAAAAACCACCAACGACACUGGUGUCGAGAAAUAUGAGAAGAGCAUUCCAAAGCAUGGCGACGAAAUGUUUCACGAACUCAUUACGCGAAUACAAGAAAAUCCUGGACAAAUUUUAAGAUACUCGAGAAAUAAUAGCGCACCUUUAUUGCUCUAUCCAAUGGGCGGUUGUGUGGGAAGAUGUCGACAUUGCGGCGAAGAAAUGACAUUCGAACUUCAAAUUUUACCGACCAUCAUUCAAAAAUUAAAAAUACAAUCACGCAGCGAGACGAAAUUGAAUUUUCAAAUUGAAUUCGGAACUGUCUUGGUUUUCACUUGUGUGAGAAGUUGUUGGUCGCCAACCGAUUCCUAUCGGGAAGAACACGUCAUUGUUCAAGCUGAAAGACUGUAAUAACAUUAAAAAUUAGACAAA